UGUGAGUGACGUUUUCGUGCCGGCGACAGAGUCUGGCCGGUGUUGUCUCGUGGUCUUCAGUAUCUUUCCUCGUGUCCACCUCCUGCCCCCGGCACCAUGGCCACCGACUCCUGGGCUCUGGCGGUUGACGAGCAAGAAGCAGCUGUCAAGUCGCUGAGCAGCUUGCAGAUCAAGGAAGAGAAAAUCAAACCAGAUACCAAUGGUGUUAUCAAAACCAAUGCCACUUCAGAAAAAACAUACGAAGAAGAGAAAGAGGACAGAGCUGCCCAGUCCUUACUCAACAAGCUAAUCAGAAGCAACCUUGUCGAUAACACAAACCAGGUGGAAGUCCUGCAGCGGGAUCCAAAUUCUCCCCUCUACUCUGUGAAGUCUUUUGAAGAGCUCCGGCUGAAACCACAGCUUCUCCAGGGAGUCUAUGCCAUGGGCUUCAAUCGACCCUCCAAGAUACAAGAGAAUGCAUUACCCAUGAUGCUUGCUGAACCCCCACAGAACCUGAUUGCCCAGUCUCAGUCUGGUACUGGUAAAACGGCUGCCUUUGUCUUGGCCAUGCUCAGCAGAGUGGAACCAGCAGACAGAUAUGCCCAGUGUUUGUGCCUCUCCCCAACAUACGAGCUGGCUCUUCAAACUGGAAAAGUGAUUGAACAGAUGGGCAAAUUUUAUCCAGAGCUAAAGCUUGCCUAUGCUGUUCGAGGCAAUAAAUUGGAAAGAGGACAGAAGAUCAGUGAGCAGAUUGUCAUUGGCACCCCUGGGACUGUCCUGGACUGGUGCGCCAAGCUCAAGUUCAUUGACCCCAAGAAGAUCAAGGUGUUUGUUCUAGAUGAGGCUGAUGUGAUGAUAGCCACUCAGGGCCACCAAGAUCAGAGCAUCCGCAUCCAGAGGAUGCUGCCCAGGAACUGCCAGAUGCUGCUUUUCUCUGCCACCUUCGAAGACUCUGUAUGGAAGUUUGCCCAGAAAGUGGUCCCAGACCCAAAUAUUAUCAAAUUGAAGCGUGAGGAGGAGACAUUGGACACCAUCAAGCAGUAUUACGUCCUAUGCAGUAACAGAGACGAAAAGUUCCAGGCCUUGUGUAACCUCUACGGGGCCAUCACCAUUGCUCAAGCCAUGAUCUUCUGCCAUACACGCAAGACAGCUAGUUGGCUGGCAGCAGAGCUCUCAAAAGAAGGCCACCAGGUGGCUCUGCUGAGUGGUGAAAUGAUGGUGGAGCAGAGAGCUGCAGUAAUUGAGCGCUUCAGAGAAGGCAAAGAGAAGGUUCUGGUGACCACCAAUGUGUGUGCCCGUGGUAUUGAUGUGGAACAAGUGUCUGUCGUCAUCAACUUUGACCUUCCCGUGGACAAGGAUGGGAACCCGGACAACGAGACCUACCUGCACCGGAUCGGGCGCACUGGCCGCUUUGGCAAGAGGGGCCUGGCCGUGAACAUGGUAGACAGCAAGCACAGCAUGAACAUCCUGAACAGGAUCCAGGAGCAUUUUAAUAAGAAGAUAGAAAGAUUGGACACAGAUGAUUUAGACGAGAUUGAGAAAAUCACCAACUGAGAAGCUCCACCUGGAAUGGUGCCCACCCUUGGACUCCCCUGCUCAGGAGAUGAGUGCUUUCACAGCGUAGGACCACAGCCACCACAGAGAUGAAGGCGCGAAUAGUGAAAACUACCUACCUCAUUUUAAAUUACAUUUGGACUUGACAAAAAUUUGUGCAAAUUACAGGGAGGAGGCGGAGAAUUUUUGCAUUGUAGAAGAGUUUAGUCCUUUUCCCCCUUUCCUAAGCCAGUGUUUUCCCACUUUAUAGUAACUUGGUUGCUGUUGGUGACCUCCAGCCCCAGGGUUCCCUGCUUGCCUUCUAACUGGGGUUGCUUGCACCCGCCUCCAGCCCCUGAAGAAUAGACUCGAGGGGGCCCCAAGCACAGCGUCAGCCUCACCACCCUGUCUGGAGCAUGAGGGGUGUGCAGUAAGGAGGCUGUGAGCUGUCCCCUCCCCUGUGCCUUUACUGGAAUGCCACACGAAUGCUUCUCCUGCCCUGGCACUCAUCUUAUUUCUUCUAAAAUCUAGAAACUUUCCUUCUGGUUCCCUCUACCUCUUCUCUGUGGCAGAAGAUAUUCCUGUCUCUCCCUGGGUGUGCACUGGCUAUCUUUGUAAACCUGACUUGGGAAGAAACACAGAAGCCACCGAGUCUGAGCUCAUCACAGAAGUCUUCUUGGCGUGGGUAGAUGAGCCCUUCAAAGAUCUGGGCCUUUGUUCUCCAUCUUCCUGAGUCUGUGCUGAGGCUCCUAGCGGUCAGUCACGGCAGAUGGGGUCGCCAGUGAUUUUCUGGGCACCUGCUGGGCCUAGCUAGUGGAUUCUUAACCAUCAGAUGGCACAGUAUUCCUGUAGCUGAGCAGCCGGGCUUGGGGAGGAAGUUGUGACCAACUGUAAGCUCUGAUGACGAUGUUCAUCCUGAAUAGUGGACUUUGUUGGCGGCUUUAAUUCAUAGGUUAUAUCGAUAAGGACUGGUAGGUUACAGCUGUAUGCAUCACUGAUUAUGCUGAGAUUGAAGAAUCAUGAAAUGCAGUACUAAUGAUGAUUUUAUUUUUGUUUAUUAGACUAAUGUUCAUUUAAAAAUAUAUGAAGUGAAAACGCUUUCUAUCCCUGCAUCUCCCAUCCUUGUUAGCAGCUUUGUGCUUUCUAUUUGCAUAUAUCAGUCCACUGUUUUACAAAAAUAUGAACAUUCUAUUCAUGGUA